UAUUAUUUUUGAACGUAUUAUUUCAAAUUGACAAGUGGACUUUGAAAAAUGUCUGUGUUAUUUCAAAGUAUAAUAAAUACUGGAAAACCUUAUUCAUUAAGACAAAUAAUCAGCAAAUCUACAAGAAUCUGCAAAUGUUUCUCAAAAAGAAAAUUUUCAGAUAUUUCAAGGAAGUUUUUAUCAUUUGAUGAAGUCGCCGCGCAGAGAAGGGCUGAAGCAAAACGAAGUCUAGUCGUUCAAGUCAAUUCAGAAGCAUCUUUUAAUGAAUUGUACGGAUAUUGUUCUAAAUAUGCUUCCGUCAAUGGUAUACAUCAUUACAAAAAUUCUGGAGACGAGCAUUUUAUGCUCAUCGAGUUCAAAACUGAAGAAGAAAGUAAGAAUGUCAUACACUCCUGUAGCUCACAUCAAAAAGAUGUUGACGUUAUGGCUUUACAUUCACCAUUUCUAUGGUUCAGAGCAGUCUCAGGAAAGAAAGAAGCGUUUCAGAUUCCUAAAUCACAACUCAUGACGACAAAAGGUUGUAAUUCAAUCGAUGAAGAUAACUUAAUUGAAGAGUUAGCAAAUUGUGAGGAUGUGUCAGAACAAAUUCAACAGAUGCACGAUAGGACAGCUUUGAAUGAUCUAGGUGUGAGAUUGAGGUAUAUGGUAGCAAGGCAGAUAGAAAGGAUAUUUGAGAGCCUGUAUGCCAAUAUAGUUGUGAGACCAUUCGGGUCAUCUGUGAAUGGUUUUGGAAAGAUGGGCUGUGACUUAGACUUGGUGCUUACCAAUAUCCUGAAUGAAGAAAUGUGUGACUCAUCAAAGAGAUUGGUAUAUCAAGAGAAGAAGUGCGAAGGUGGUCGCAGUCCUUGGCAGCGACACAUGGAGCUAGUUGGAGAAUUGUUAGAACUAAGAGUGCCUGGUGCUACUAGAGUACAGAGGAUACUGCAUGCAAGAGUCCCCAUUGUAAAAUAUGCCCAUGAAUUCACUGAUGUUGAUUGCGAUCUUUGUUAUAAUAAUAUGUCUGGAGUAUACAUGUCAGAAUUGCUUUGGCUCUACGGUUCUCUGGACCCCAGGGUUCGACCGCUCACAUUUGUAGUCCGUCGAUGGGCCCAAACAGUGGGCCUCACCAACCAACACCCUGGGCGGUGGAUCACAAACUUCCCACUCACUUUGAUGGUACUGUUCUUUCUCCAACAGAAAGGCAAGGAUGGAUGUGUUCUACCAUCAUUGAAAACUCUUGUUCAAUAUGCUGGAAAAGAAGAUAUUAGAUUAGCAGAAGAGAAUCUAAACUGUACAUUCCUGAGAGAUAUGAAUAAAUUGCCAACGGACACGUACGGACAAAAUAAAGCUAAUCUAGAAACGUUACUGCUACAGUUUUUCGAGUUUUACGCUCAAUUCGACUUUCAUGACAAAGCUAUAUCGAUUAACGAGGGGGUGGCUAUACGAAAGCCAAACACUCUACCAUUGUACAUAGUGAAUCCUUUAGAACAAGCCUUGAAUGUUAGCCGGAAUGUGAGUUACGAGGAGUGCGAGAGGUUGAAACUAGAGGUCCGCAACGCAGCGUGGCUGUUAGAUGCAGGUUUGGAUGGUAAGAAAACUGACGGGUGGGGCAUAUUGGGCCUUAUUGAGAGAAAAAGCACCAGGGGCCUAAAAAAUCUGCUGAAAGUAGGAAAUUCACAUCGGCUUGUCUCCGUGAAGGAUUUAUUCAACAACGAUGAUGACAAAAUUGAGAAAGUGAAGGCGAAAAGAGAUAGUGAAAUGAAACAGGUGCUCGCUCAAGUUGAUAAUAAACCAAAGGAGAAAAUUAAGUUCAAGAACACGCAAGUUGCUAGUGAAGUUUAUAGGAUACGUAGGGAUAAAAUUAUAUGAGACUGGAUUUCAUGAAAGUGACUAGUAAAUAUAUGUGUGUGUGUUUAAAAACACAUUCUAGUUGUGUAUCAUGUUACCCUAAUUUAAUUUUUGAAAAUUUGCAAGCUGAUUGGGACCAGCAAGGAUAUAUUACGUCAUCACUCGAAUUGAUUUUGUGAUUGUAUUUUUUAUCUUAAGAAACGCAAACGAAAAAUUGUUACCUUUAUAUUGGAGUUAAUACAUAUGUUGUAUGUUUAGGUUAGGACUUGCAGUGCUAAUAAUUGUUUCAGUUAUGAUGAUAAGUUAAUAUGAUCCAUUUAUGAGCUUACACGGCUCACUAUUCAAGUGCUAUAGUAGAAUUCUUUUGUUUGUGCAGUUUGGGUCAUAAAACACAGCCCGGCUAGGGCGGUGAGCAUGUUGCGCGGGCGCAACGCCAUUAUCGAUAAAAACAAAUGAGUUAUCGAAGGCAGGUACACGCAAUACCGUCUUUACCAUAAGGGCCCACGGGGCCCGUGGCCAGGGCCCCCAUUCUCAGGGGGCCCCGAAAGACCGACAAUUUCUCUCACACGCUUAUUCUCAAAACAUUUUUGUCGGGCACAUUACACUUUUUUCACAAAUCAGUAAUCAGAAGGUAUUUACAAGGCAUAUACUAUGCCUAUAAUAGAAGAUUUUGCUCAACGGACAUCCCGAAAGAAACCGUUACCGAAAUCGUAACCAAAAAACCAGCAGCAUUCUAAUAUCAUUAAUGACAUAUUAUAUCAUACUGUAUUUGAUUACCUACAAUAAAUGGUCAUACUCAGUAAAAAAAUGUUAUUAAAAUUCGCUUUUUUACUUUCCAAAAGGGCCUCAAAUUCUUGUGUGCCCAAGGGCCCCAUCCUAGUUUAAGACGUCCCUGGGUACACGGCGGCGGGGCGGUAUACGAAGGGUGAUGACGAAGACAUUGUUAUGUUACGAGUCAUUUGCUGUACCUACCUGUAAAUUAUAGUACAUAUGUCGAAGAGAAAUAUGAUUUUGUGCAUUCGCUCUCUGAAUUUCUUUAGUGACACAAUGGCUACUCCUUUGUUUUGUAUCAAAACGGCAGAAUUUAUUCAAAUAUUUUGCUUGUUGCCAAAAAUAUACCAGCAGAAGCACGUGUUAUUAUCGAGGGUGUUAAAAAUUUUCACUGAAAUGAGAAUAGGUCCCGAAAAGUUACAAAUGUUAAUUUCUGUCAUUUUCGUUAACUUGCUGCGGCGAUAUGUGGGGUAAAUGUUCGAUUAGUGAUUUUUUCUUUCAUUUUUAUCACUAACCCACAAAAUGACUAAACUAAAUACACUAUCGAUAACGCUUAUCGACAACAAUAAUGCGCAUCACUAUGCCCGUCCAUAAGGCUCGUGAGUGGAAGAGAGAGCGAAAUACUCGCUUCACCGCUCCGAUUAUUUAUGACCCAAACUGCACGGACAAAAUAAUUCUACUAUAGUAUGUUUGCUUCGAAGAAUCUGGAUUUUCUAUUUCAAGUUUAGAAUUGCCAUUAUUAUAAGACAAUUGAAUUUUCGCUCUUAUGUAUCUAGAUGAGGUGGAAUCCGCGUUAUUUUUGUCCAUGGACAGAACUUGUUACUUACAGCAAUUUACAUUAAAAAUUAUGUAUGUGCACUUCUAAAACAAUGGGUGGGAAAUGAUUUAUGCUAAGAUUUCACUGCUGCACUGUAUACCUAGUACAGCAAUGACAGGCUUUAUUAAUGGUAGGAAGUCUUGUGAGUCCGCAGGGGUAUGUACCACCACCCUGCUUAUUUCAGCCGUGCAUUUCGGUUUGAAUGGUGGAGCAGCCGUUGUAUCUAUACUGAUACCUUAGAACUCAUAUCUCAAGGUGGGUGCCGGCAUUUACGUUGUAGAUGUCUAUGGGCUCGGUAACCACUUAACACCAGGUGGGCUCUGAGCUCGUGCACCCAUCUAUGCAAUAAAAAAGGCUUCCAAUCAAAGCAGCGGUGAUAAAUUCAAGAUUGUAGCCGUCGGUAUGUUAUUACACAUAAUAUGUUCACGAAUACUCAGUGGCCGCGGUUUACAAUGUUUUGUUGAUGGUGAAUGCGGCGAUAUCGAACUGCCAUAGACCAGUUUACCGACGUGCGCUAAGAAAAAGAUACCGAAAUGAUACUGGCGAAAUUAUCAAGUGAAUUUUGCAAUGACCCAUCCAGGCUGCUGUGAAAUUUUUUUUAGAAAUUAUUUGUUUGUACAUUAACAUUGUAAAUCUACCUACCAUUUUAUUUAUUUAAUUGUUCAACUGUCUGUAAUUUUUUUGUUACAAACGAAAUUCAAAUUUGUCGAUUGUAAAUAAAAUAUACAUGACAAAAGAAA